GUUCACUUGACGCAACCUCUGUGUACGGGACUUGCUAUUUACCAAACGAGCUCCUUCAAAGCAUUUUCUUUGGGAAAAACUUAAGCGUGAUUACAUUUUACUGUAUGAGACGCUUCUCGACUUGUCAUUAAGAUGCGACAAAUUACUACUGACUGGAGGCCAACGCAAUUCCAAACAUCAAGUCAAAGAGUCAAACAUGGAAAAUCAGAAGAGGAAAUCCAAGUCACGACGAACAACUGAAAGAAAAAAAUGAAGAUAAUCAUGGACUUUCAACUGCCAACGCUGCAAGGUUUAUGACCUAUUUUGCAAGAUCUGCAAGAAGAGCUAAUCACCAAACGUUCCAGACACACCUCCUUAUGAGUCCCGCAAACGUCACUGUAGAAGAUCUUGAGAUUCCUGAGAAGCACGAUCCCCUCCACGUUAAACAGGAGGAGGAGUCCGACAUCCUGUUGAUCAAACAGGAGGCAGAGCCAGAUACCCCUGAUAUUAAAGAAGAAAAACAGGAAGUUGAAAUCCUCAAGUUUCCAAUGGGUGUCAGUGUGAAGAGCGAAGAAGACAAAGCUCCAAGCAAAAAGAGCGGAGCAGCGAAACCUUCGAGCGACAGCUCAUUUCAGCACCUGACAACAAAAGGAGAGGGACGAUCGCAACCGGACAGCCUCUUAGCUCCGCUUUCAGACAGCGACGACAUAACGUCACAUUCUUCUGACUUUAAUACUGAUGAGGAGGAGAAUGACUUUGACCAAAAUGCUUCAAAAUCCUUAGACAAGUCAUCAUUGAAAAGAGACACAAAAGAAGGCGCGGUUGGGAAACGUUUUGCCUGCUCACUUUGCGAUAAAACAUAUACUUGGAAAUGCGACUUAAAGGCACACAUGCGUACUCACACUGGAGAGAAGCCUUUUGCCUGCAAAGUUUGUGGUAAAAGAUACUUCAAGAAGGCAAGUUUAAACAUUCACACAAGAACACACACUGGAGAGAAGCCUUAUGCCUGCACACUUUGUGAUAAAAAAUACUCCUCAAAGAAAUGUUUAACUAUUCACACAAGAAACCAUACUGGAGAGAAACCUUUUGCCUGCACAGUUUGUGGUAAAAGAUACUUGACGAGGGGAAAUUUAAACAUUCACACAAGAACACACACUGGAGAGAAGCCUUAUGCCUGCACACUUUGUGGUAAACGAUUCACUCAGAAGGGACAAUUAGUAUUGCACACAAGAAACCACACUGGAGAGAAGCCUUUUGCCUGCACACUUUGUGAUAAAAAAUUCUUCAUGAAGGCAAAUUUAAACAGACACACAAGAACACACACUGAAGAGAAGCCUUUUGUCUGCACAUGUUGUGGUAAACGAUUCCCUCAGAAGGGACUAUUAGUAUUGCACACAAGAAACCACACUGGAGAGAAGCCUUUUGCCUGCACACUUUGUGGUAAAAAAUUCUUCAUGAAGGCAUAUUUAAACAUUCACACAAGAACACAUACUGGAGAGAAGCCUUUCGCCUGCACACUUUGCGAGAAAAGAUUCAUUCAUAAGGGACAAUUGGUAUUGCACACAAGAAACCACACUGGAGAGAAGCCUUUUGCCUGCACAAUUUGUGGUAAAACAUUCUUUGGGAAGGGAGAUUUAAACAAACACACAAGAACACACACUGGAGAGAAGCCUUUUGCCUGCACACUUUGUGGUAAAAGAUUCAUCAGGAAGGGAGAUUUAAACAAACACACAAGAACACACACUGGAGAGAAGCCUUAUGCCUGCACACUUUGUGAUAAAAAAUACUCCACGAAGGCAAAUUUAAACAUUCACUCAAGAAGGCACACUGGAGAGCAUUUUGCCUGCACACUUUGUGAUAAAAAAUUCUUCAGGAAGGGAGAUUUAAAAAAACACACAAGCACACACACUGGAGAGAUAACUUUUGCCUGUACACUUUGUGAUAAAAAAAUUCACCAGUAAGGCAAAUUUAAACAUUCACACAAGUACACACACUGGAGAGAAGCCUUUUGCCUGCACAAUUUGUGGUAAACAAUUCGCCCAUAAGGGAAGUUUAAACAUUCACACAAGAACACACAGUGGAGAGAAGCCUUAUGCC